AUGUUAAGCAAAUGGUGAGAGAACAGUUGGUUGAGGGCAGCGGCGGUUUGCGUUUUACCUUGUUUGCGAUUUAUUGGCUCAAUAGUGAAAUUAUUGUUGUUCCCCCGUUUACCAUCGUAUCGCAGAAUUUAUCAGUUGUCCAGGGAUUGCAUGAAACUGCACAGUUUUCAAGUAAAUCCAGCUUAAACUAAGAACCGGCAAUUUUCAAUUAAGGAUUUAAUGUUCAGAGCAUUAUAAUGGCGUGGAGAUUCAAAGCAUCAAAAUACAAAAAUGCUGCACCCAUUGUACCAAAGCCUGAGACAUAUGUUAGAGAUGUAUGUGUUGGAUCAUAUCAAACAUAUGGCAACAACAUUGCUGCCUCUGCGAAAUUCAUGGCCUUCAAUUGGGAUCAUGCUGGCUCCAGUUUAGCAGUGCUGCCCAUCGAUGAUUCAGGAAGAAAAUCCAAGCUGAUGCCUUUGCUGCAUGCCCAUUCCGACACUGUGACGGACAUGGAUUUUUCACCAUUCCACGACGGACUGCUGGCGACCGGCUCGCAAGACUGCCUAGUGAAAAUUUGGCACAUUCCAGAGGAGGGUCUGCAGGAAUCAUUGUCGAAUUGCGAAUGCACGUUCUCGCACAAGCAGCGGCGAGUGGAGACGGUCGGAUUCCAUCCGACCUCGAACUUCCUUUUGCAUUCGACGUCGUUCACAACAUUGACGCUGUGGGAUUUGGUUUCGCAGCAGGAGCUUUUCUCCAAUACCGAUCAUUCCGAUGUCAUACAAUCGGUUAGUUGGAAGAAGGAUGGCGCUCUUUUGGCUACCUCAAGCAAAGAUAAGCAAGUGAGGAUAAUAGAUCCCCGAGUCGAGAACUCGUGUAUAAGCACCGCGAACAGCCAUCAGAGCAUAAAGGAUUCGAGAAUAGUCUGGCUGGGCGAUAGCAAUAGGAUUUUGACGACCGGAUUCGAUUCGCAGAGGUUGCGACAGAUCAUCAUCAGGGACGUCAGAAAUCUCACCGAAACCGAGAAAACACUUGAAUUGGAUUGCUCUACUGGUAUAUUGAUACCGCUGUACGAUGCUGACACUGGAAUGCUUUUCCUGGCAGGAAAAGGCGAUACAACAAUUGGAUAUAUGGAAGUAACGGAUAAAGAACCGUACUUAAUCGAGGGCAUUCGACAUUCGGGAGAACAAACGAAAGGUGCAUGUUUGAUUCCAAAGCGUGCUCUCAACGUGAUGCAGGGUGAGGUGAAUCGCAUUAUGCAACUAACAAGCAAUUCCGUGAUUCCAAUCACAUAUCAAGUUCCUAGAAAAACUUACAGGGAAUAUCACGCUGACCUAUAUCCAGAUACCAGCGGAUAUAGCACGGAACUAACCGCGGAGCAAUGGUAUCAAGGAAAAAAUAUUCCAGUUCCAAAGAUUAGCCUUGACCCGGCUAAGCGCAAGAACGGCGACGAACCUAUAGUGGUUCAUAAAGGCAACCUGCAGCUUUUGAUACAAGAAUGUAAAACUGAAAAAACGUCGGAAAAAACGCCGAAGGCCAACGACGCUCAGUUACAGCAAGCGAAUAAAAACGAAUCGAACAAUCCAGUAAAGGAAAAGGUCAAAGAUAUUGAAAAAGAAAAGGUAUUUAACGCUAACAUACUGCUUAAAAAUAAUACGGAAAACAUUAACGGCCAGUCGAAGCGGCAAGAGGCAGCGGAAAUUUUGCCCCCGAAACCUUUACCGAGAACUUCGCGUACUGGUUCCAUAUGCGAACUCGAGGAACCAAUACCUAAACCUGUAGCGAGACCGCGUACUAACAGUUGCGCUCCGAUUGUCACUUCGGUUAAUCCUAACAUGCCCAUCUCCGGGGGAUAUAAGCCACGUCUUGGACCAAAACCAUUCACAGCUCCAAAAUUCACGGAAAGUGAAAGCUUCGAUAAAAUUUUCUCGGUGCCAGCUGCGCCUGGCUCAAACGGUAUACACGAGGAGACCAGUUCCGAAAUUGAGAACGUGGAAAAUGAACAACAAGCAGCCUUGUCAGAAGAACCAAAAGACGUCUCCGAUAAACCGAAAACACCUAGCACUGCGGAACGUAGGAAGCUCUUCGAAAGCGGUUCUAAGGACAACGACGAUGACAGUUUGGAUAAUGAACUCGCUGGUAAUUUCGAAAGGACCAAAAGUAUAGCGGAACGUCGUAAAAUUUACGAAAGAUCGCAAUCGAAUCAGGAGACUAGCGGAAAUGUACCCGAGAAAAGCGAGGGAAGUCCGAUUAUGAUGAGAAGGAAGGAUUCUUUUAAGAACAGAAAAAAUACGGAAUCUUUGAAGGAAGAUAAUCGAAAAAGUGCCCCGAUUACCAAGCAACAGAGCUUGGAACCAAUUGCUGCCAAGAAGGUUGAAAAUCCACCAGCACCAAAGAGAACGUCAACAGUGUUUGGACGUGUAUCUAAAUUCAGGCAUUUGAAGGGAACUCCGGCUCACAAGUCUAUGCAUAUAGAAAAUAUAAGGAAUUUAAGUAGACAGAUCCCUGGAGAGUGUGAUGGUUUUCAUGCGAAUCCGGAGAGAGUUGCUGUGCCGUUGAGUGGACCCGGCGGUAAAAUUGCUAUCUUCGAGUUGAAAAAAACUGGUCGCUUGCCAGAUGGCGUUAUACCGGCUUUGGUGCACGGUAACAAUAUCAUGGAUUUCCAGUGGGAUCCCUUUGAAAACAGGCGUCUGGCUGUAGCCUGCGACGAUGGUGUCGUCAAACUGUGGAUGAUACCGGAAAAUGGAUUGGUUGAGCCAACAAACGAGGCUGAGAGCGAGUUCAACGCGCAUCUCGAUAAAAUCUACUUCAUUAAAUUCCAUCCCACUGCUAAAGAUGUGUUGGCUACGGGAUCUUUUGAUAUGACCAUAAAAAUAUGGGAUUUAAGUACUUUAACUGAAAAGUACGUUUUGAGGGAUCAUGUGGAUCAGAUGUUUAGCUUUGCAUGGUCGCCAUGCGGUUCGUUCUGCUCGACUGUGAGCAAAGACGGUAAGAUAAGAGUAUACAAACCCAGAAACAGUGAAACUCCCGUCAGAGAAGGGAAAGGGCCGGUCGGCAAUCGGGGUGCUCGUAUAAUCUGGGCUCUCGAUGGGAAUUUCAUUGUUGUAAUGGGUUUUGAUAAAGUUUCUGAAAGGCAGAUUAUGGUUUUCAACGCAAACGAUUUGAACAAUCCUUUGAACACUAUUGGAUUGGACGUAUCUCCAGCUAUAUUAAUACCAUCUUACGAUGAAGAUAGUUCCACGUUGUUUUUAACCGGAAAGGGUGAUUCCACUAUUUACGCCUUUGAAAUUACCGAAGAAACACCAUACAUUUGUCAUUUGAGCCAUCAUCGUUCCAACAAUUUACACCAAGGCUUAUCAUUUUUACCUAAAAAUGUUUGCGACGUUUCCGUUGUUGAAUUCGCGAAAGCCUUAAGACUAACAAAUAAUUCGAUUGAACCUUUAUCGUUUACUGUUCCGCGUAUCAAGACGGACCUGUUUCAAGAUGAUUUGUUCCCACCAACAAGAAUAACAUGGAAGCCCACUGUCACAAGUGCCGAAUGGUUCUCUGGCAAAGACAAGGCUGUUCAGAGAAUAAGUUUGAAACCAGAAGGGAUGGAUUUAUUAUCCGAGUCUCAGGGACAACCGAACUCCACUUCGGAAAAGACAAUAAAUAAAUUAGCAAAUCAAACUCAGAACAGUGGUUAUCAGCCUUACAAUAGAUUAGGCUGGAAUGCUGACAUGUCUGGGCAAACUAAAACCAAACAGGACGAGAUUUCAAAAUCUGUAAGUAGUCGUUUGGAGGUAAAUUUGAAACUGGAACAAGACGAUAUGGAAGGUGUAGAUGAGAAUGAAUGGGACGACAAACGCAAAUUUGUGGGACGAAGAAUGCAGUAUACUACAAAAUCAAAGUAAAUUAUCAACAUAUAAUUAAAUUACAGUGGAACCUCGCA